AUGAGAUUUCAACAAUUCUUUUUUGUAUUUUUAAUUUUUAUGAUGAGUCUUCUUCUUAUCAACGGACAGAGACCAGCUAAUUUGGCAAUGAGAAGAAAACUACACAGACUCAGCUGCCAUCAGAGGAGAUGUAUGCCUCUCCAUUCACGAGUGCCCUUCCCCUGA